AUGGCUGACACUGUCGAGGAAUCUCCAUCUCAGGUAUCUCCUGAAAUUUCUGUUGAUGAUAUGACUAAUGCUGAUUAUAAAAAGACUAUAAAUGAACUAGAAGAGCAUCUGGGUAAGUUUGAUGCUAAAGCUGAAGAAGGCAUCUUUCUGGGUUAUUCCUUAGAGUCAAAGGCCUACAGGGUUUAUCUGAUCAAUGACGACAAGCUGAUUGAAAGCAUCAAUGUAAGGUUUGAUGAUACCAAGCUCCCAAGUCUUCAAAAGGAAAAUGAAUCUGAUUCUCUAGAAUUCGAGAACUUAGAUGACAUCUAUAUUGGAGAAGAUGAACCUGAAGCUGAUACUAGAGAACCUAAUGCAACUGAAAGAACUGCUGAUCCUGAACCAUCUGGAGGAAGUGUUGGUAACAAUACAAAUGAUCAUCAUGAUCACAGUGGUCAAAGUGGAGGAUCAUCAAAUAGGAUUAGCAUCAGUUCAGGGGGAGCAAGUCACAUUAGUGGAUCUACUAGUCGUCACACUCAACACAACAAUGAUUACGGUGAAUCAUCAAGAUUGAAUCUGCCAAGACCAAGGGUAUGGAGCAGAGACCAUCCCAUUGAACAAAUCAUUGGUGAUCCUGACACAGGAGUACAGACUAGAAGAGCAACUCAAAAUGAAUGCAACUUUGCUGGAUUUUUAAACAAGCUGGAUGAAGAUGGUACUGUUACGAGGAAUAAGGCAAGACUGGUAGCCAAGGGUUACUCGCAAGAGGAAGGAAUCGAUUAUGAUGAAACCUAUGCUCCAGUUGCCAGGCUUGAAGCAAUCAGGAUGUAUCUUAAGGGAACCCCCAAUCUUGGGAUAUGGUAUCCUAAAGAUACAGGUUUUGAUCUGAUUGGCUAUACAGAUUCUGACUUUGCAGGAUUUAUCUUUAGUUUAAGAUUAGUUAAUGGACGUGAAGCAAUUCAAUGA